UUAUGGUCUCGUUAAUUUGUUUGUCUCGUUAUUAUUCUGUUAUUGGUCCAAAAUUCUGUAUACUUUCAGAUAGAUCGAUAGCAAGACAAUGUUUGGUUCUCCGGGGGAGGGGGUAGUUAGCUCCACCUCCCAAACUUUACACUCACUUGAAGAAGAGAGUAAGAGCAAACUGAAGGAUACUAAACCUGACUCCACAACACAGGACGGGACUAGUGCUGAGUUUGCUGCGGCGCUGACCGCUAAGCUUCAUGACCUGGAUACUCUCCGUGCAUCUCCGGAUCCUCUUGGGGAUUAUGAAAAUCCCUCCAGUAUGGAAACUCAGGGGGACGCACUGUGCAACUUAUCCGGACCUCCCAGUGUAGACUCUAUAGAUCCUAUAGAUGUUGAUCUACCCGUCUCUCCAGACUCAUACGUUGUACCAGACUGUCCUUCCUACCUACCUGUCCUCCAGGACUACGGUCCUGUUUUAGAGUACGGUCCUCCCACCAACCCUGAUAUUGGAGAUCUAGAGGUUCUAACAGUCGAUGAUACCAUCACAGGAAGUCUGUUUGCUGAUGACUCUGAGAACCGGAACGGUGAUGUGAUGAGCGAGGAUGCAGAGGCUGGAGUUUGUGGACUUCGGAACCUGGGUAACACAUGUUUCAUGAACAGUGGCCUCCAGUGUGUCCUCGCUACCCCCAGUAUCAUCCAGUUCUUCCUGAACUUCUCCCCCUCUGAGUUGAGUAUGAAGGAAGUUGACCGGAAGAAUAACACUGGAAUUGCUCUCUCUAAAUCCUUCGCAGCUUUAACCAGACAAAUAUACAGUGGAAAAUACAGUGUGAUACAACCAAAUAAAUUCAAGGAUACAUUGUCAGAAAACCAUUCUCAGUUCAAGGGGUUUAGACAGCACGACUGUCAGGAGUUUCUAGCACUCCUACUUGAUUCUCUUCAUGAACAAUUGAUAAAUAUUCAACCUGAACACAAGGGUCCACUAUCCGAGUGCACAAGUAUGGAACUCCACACUCCUCACUCAACUGAAGUUUCCUGUGACGGGAAGGAUACUCUUUUCAGCUUUAAUGACAGCGGAAAACUCCUAAAAGACGUUGAUAGCGUUUCCGACUUGGAUCGUGCCUAUCCUUGCCAGGACCUGGAGAGCGUGUCAAACCUCGAGACCAACGUGAACGGAGACGGGAUGGAGUCUCGAGGUUCAGCUUCUCCUAAAUCCUACACCAGUCAUAGUUCUCUAGAGGAUAAGUUUCCCUCGAAUAUCCGUAUGGCUCCUAUACCAGAGUGCAUUAAGACGACCUGGAACGGCGGGUCCCGAGCCAGUAUUGCAAGCCUGGACAGUCACACCACCGAGUCUGAUCUAGAUCUUGUAGACGAUGAUAGCGUGGGACUAGUGACAAGUAAUCUGGUCUCAAACGAUCAGCUGAAGAAGAAGCAGGUCGUGUUUUGUGAGAACAGUGUCUCCCUGAACUGUGGCGAGGAGUCCAGGAAUAACGCCGUGUCUCCGAUGAAUGUCGGAAUAGAGGAUUUUCUGAAAGAGCAUAAAACCCUGAACGUGAACAUGAAUAUUACAGAGGGUUCAGGUUCAUCCCUCAACAACAAGAUUAACUUUGACAGUGAAAAGUUCUCUAGGCACGGGUAUAUGGAUAACACCCGUCCAUCCGCCACCAUUGAAAACCUGAAUGCCAGGGAGUCCCACAGUUUAGAGAAGAACAUGAAUGUAAAGCGGGUGAAAAGCUGUAAUAUUGAGGUCGAGGAAUCUAAGCAGUUUGAGCGGGAGGAUAAGUUUGGGAAGAGAAUACGGUUGGAGUCCAACGAGAAGAAUGUGUUAAUGGAGACGGAGAGAAGAGAAUGCGAACAGGACAGAAGGGAGGGUGAACAGGAGAGGAAGGAAUGUGAGCAGGAUGUACUGGAUAGUCAAACAGAGCCCCCUUCAUGCUGCUCAGAAACAGCUCGGGAUCCUGCUCGACUCAAGGAAGCUAUAGAGGCGGACAGGUACUGGGAAAAAUAUCUGUCCUUGAACUCCACCGUCCUCGCGCACACCUUCCAGGGUCAGUUCAAGAACACAAUCAUCUGCUCACAGUGUUCACACAUCUCCGUAUCUUUCGAACCCUUUAUGUACCUCUCUGUUCCUCUGCCUAGAGCUAACGAUCUACAGAUAGAGGUUACUCUGGUUCAGGCCAGGAAGAUUCCUGUCCAACACCUCGUUACAGUCUCCAAACAUGAUACUAUAGGAGAAAUCCGUUGUCAGAUAGAGAGACGGUUGAGCGGUUGUGAUUCUAAGAUUAUAUUUGGUGAGGUAACCAAGCAUAGGUUGACCAGACAGCUGGAGGACACGGUCUGGGUCAAGUUUAUAAACACAACCAAUAGGAAACUCUACGCUAUAGAACUUCUAGAACUAUCUCUGGAGGGGGAGGAAACGGCUGAACCUGAUCCAAUCAAAUUAGCUCAGGAUGAAGAGAUUCCCGAUCAAGAGGAGAAUAUGGAGGGUGUGAGCUCCUCAGUUCUUGGUUCAUUAUCCAGUCAGCUGUCGGUGGGAGAUGGAGGGGGUCUUCUCUCUACUGGAGCAGAUGGAGGUAGUCAGCUCUCUUCUGGAGGAGAUGGUGUUAGCUCCAGUAUGCUCUCCUCCUUGUCCAGUUCAAGAUCUGAUCUCGGAGCUACAGUUAGUUCUAGCACCAGUACAGGAACACUUACAGAGACAGGAACUCUUACUGAAGGAGAAACUGGAGCUGGAAUGGAGGGGUGGAGAAGCUGUAAUAUCUGCCUGGAGGAUAUGGCGGAUUCCGACCUGAUAACACACAUACAGUGUAACUGUAUUAUCUGUAGAGACUGCCUAGAGAGAAGCAUCAAGCAUCAGCAGAGUUCUGAGUCCGGAGCAAAAUGUCCGGUUUGUCUCCAGGAGUGCGAAGAGAGUGAGUGGUUACAGCUAGAUCAGUCGGUCGGAGUCAAACCUCCGCUCAGACUGUUGACAGUUCCUCUAGUUUUCCAAGUUGGAGUAGAAGAUAAAUUCACAAACUUCGGUCAUCCUCGGGUUCUCAAGAUUCCAAACUGUGUUAAAUAUUCUCGUUUGUUGAACCUGGUCCAGGGCCUGGUCCCCGGGGAGGAGGGGAACCUGGUCCUAGUCGACGAGAGCGGAGAGAAGUGUUCAAGGUGUGAGCACGGAAACAGGUGUCGAGGUUGCUCUGUGUCUAGUCUAGUAGAUGCUGGAGAUAUAAAUCUUAAACCUGGAGAUAAACUUGCUCUCAGGAUCAGAGCAGCAGAGAAGAAUCUUUUAGAAGAUUGGAGCAGGGUUCAACAUGAUCCAUCCAUGGAGGAAGAGAGGUUUAAUACAAACCUAAACCUAUAUGACUGUCUCCAGGCCUUCUCCUGCAGAGAGCUCCUGGAUGAGAAUAAUCCUUGGUUCUGUCCAGUCUGCAGGAAGAACCAGACUGCUACGAAGACCCUGACAGUAUGGAGAUAUCCUGAUUUUCUCAUCAUUAUUCUCAAAAGAUUUGUAUACCUGGAGAAGGGACCUGGAGGGACGGCUGGUAGUGUCAAGCUAGAUAAUAGAGUGGAAUUCCCAAUUAAAGAUCUGGAUCUAAACCCAUUCCUCUCAGGUCCCCUGCAGCAGGGCGGAGAACUAUUUGAAUUAUACGCCAGUAUCUGUCACACCGGAUCCCCGUCUGGCGGACACUAUACCGCAUACGCCAAACAUCCUCUCUCUACCUCAUGGCACUACUUUAAUGACUCCCAGGUUGACCGUAAGAUACCUGAAGGAGAAGGUCAAGAAGACGCGUAUGUUCUCUUCUACCGAAGAUCAGGACUCUCCUUCACGGUGAACCUGCCUGAGAACCAGGGGACGGAGGACGUCAAAAUGGAGAACGCAAAUGCUUUUCCUGAAGAUAGAAGAAUUGAAAAUGUAAAUGAGAAUGCUGGAGAUAAGCCAAGUGAAAUCGAGAUGGAGGGUGAAAGGAUCUCUCUUGAAAAUGAUCAAACAGAUCCUCUUGUAACGAUCGGAGACUAGAGUUCUCUUUAUUCAACCCAAAGCUAUAAAAAUUUAAAAGCCGGAAAAAUGCAUCCCAAUUAUUUUCUACCCUGCGUAGAACCAUUUUAAUAGGAAUUCUGGUUAAACAAUUUUAAAUUAUCUCGAACCUUCUUUUUGUGACGUCAGUAGGACACAAGUUUAGACAGUUCAAGAGAAAACCCAGUUAUUAGGAUUUUAAGCUUUUCUGUUUUCCUUAUCCCUAAAAAAAUAAAAAAUUUGAAAUAUUAAAAAAAAUUAUUAGAAAAAAAUAAAAAAAUUUGACUUUUAAAG